AUGUUGUGGUCCGGCCUUUUUCGCUCCAGGAUGCGGCGGAGUUGGGCCUUGAGGCAGUGCAUUUCGGAGGCCCGGUUCCCCGGGAAGCGGUGGCUGGUGGCUGGCCUGGGGAACCAUGGAAUGCCUGGCACGCGGCACAGCGUGGGUAUGGCAGUGCUGGGGCAAAUAGCGCGGCGCCUGGGAGUGGCGGAGAGCUGGGCUCGUGACCCUCGCUGCGAUGCUGACCUCGCCCUGGCCCCUCUUGGGGAUGCCCAGCUGGUACUACUCCGGCCACGACGCCUCAUGAACGUCAAUGGGCGCAGUGUGGCCCAAGCUGCGGAGCUGUUUGGGCUGACUGCGGAGGAGAUCUAUCUGGUGCAUGAUGAACUUGACAAGCCCCUGGGAAAGCUGGCUCUGAAGCUGGGGGGCAGUGCAAGGGGCCACAAUGGAGUCCGUUCCUGCAUUAGCUGUCUGAACUCCAAUGCAAUGCCGAGGCUACGGGUAGGCAUUGGGCGCCCCACAAACCCUAGUAUGGUGGCUGCCCAUGUCCUGGGCUAUUUCUCCCCUGAGGAGCAGGAGCUACUAUCCCCAUUGCUGGAUCAGGCCACCGACCUGCUUCUGGACCACAUCCGUGUUCGAAGCCAGGAACCACCUUCGCGCCUCUGACUCCAGUGGACAUAUCUACCUGUUUGAGUGCGUGCUGGUGCCCUGAAGCCCAGAAACAGCCACAGAACUGCCAUGACACAUUUGGUACCCACUGUUUAUGUAACUUCUGGGUUGCCCCAGGCUACUUGCAGGUUGAAGGAGGGCCACAGUCUAUUUCUUCUGCUGUGGCUUGGUCUCCAUGUGCUACUUACGGUGUAGGAAAGGUUUAGGAAUGCUGAACUUUCUGAAUCUUUUGAGAGCACCAGAUGGGCUGAUCUGCAAGAUUAAAAGAUGCUUGCUUGAAA